GUUGCGCAUGGUAAAUGGUAUAUUUUUCUUCCUCCUUCAUUUGAUCGCCGGUGUUUGUGUGAAGUGAACGUUGUGCGUAGUGUGGGGCACGUGUUGAAUAUUAUUCCUAAUUAUUGCAAGAUAUAUUUAAACAGAAAUUAAAAAUGGCUGAUGCAGCAGUUGAAAACAAGGAAGUCGCACCUGAGGAAGUAACCUCUACAGAAGUAAAGGAGUCCCCAGUGAAAAAGUCUCCUGCUAAAGUUGUAGUUGAGAAACCUGAAAGCAAUGGCAAAGAAGAAAAUGGCAGUGGUGAUGCUCCAGAGGAUACUCCAGCCGAAAAUGGAGAUGAUGAAAGCAAUGAUGCCACAGAGAAUGGUGAUGCCACAGAAAAGAAAGAGACUGGUGUGAAGAGGAAAUCUGCGGCUGCUGAUAAUGGUGAUGCUGCAGAGGAGACCACUCCUGAGAAAAAACAGAAAGCAGCAGAUGAAGCACCUCCAGCAGAAGCAGAGGCCUAAAUUAAUUAGCCACAUGCUUGGUUUACUGCAAUGCAUCAAAUCAUCAUUAGAGCCCAACUCACAACACAAACAUAUCCUUUAUACCUAACACAUAUACAAAUGUUACAAUAAUACCAUAGUUUUAUACAUAUUUUGUACUUGUAUUCAGAUUUAUAAUAAAUGCGAGUUGAGCUCUUGUGACACUACACUUAAGUUUAUUUACUUGUGUAUUUAAACUUACCUGUAAAAUGUACCUGUAAAGUGUAAAUUUUAUUAUACCAUUGUUGUGUUUAGUAUUGCAUCGCAGUGAACUGAACUUAUGAAUAUUUUUGGAUUUGGUGUUGUAUGCUGUUUAUAAGUAUUGGAGUCUCCAACUCAGCACAUCGAGAUGGGUUUAUCAAAUUGAAGUAAUUUGAUAUGUAUUUGUUUUGGUAAAUUCUAACCGCCAGUAGAUACUGCCAAAGUAAUUCACCUAGUGUGAAAUCGGUUCAAUAUACGUUCUGUGAACGAUGCGAUUUUACAGCUUCCGAAAUACAAGGUCUUUUAAGUAAACUAAGAUUUAAUUAAAGUUUAGAUAAUUAAUAAUUAUUCAUUUGUAUAUUUAAGUUAGCAGUAAAACGUCACACAUUUGAUAUGUUUGCGUAUAGGCAUUAAUACUUAACAAAUAAACAUUCCUUUUGACUUGUUUAUGACAUGCAUUGUGACUUGUUCUAAAUUCAUGUUUCUCAAACAGUGCAGAGUUGUACUUGGAAGUCUUGAUAAGUUCACAAUGCAAUAAUUAUUAUAUAUAAGAAUGAAAUUUAAAGUUCAAAGUUUAAAAGUAAGGUUUAUAUUUCAUAAUUCAAGUUUGACAUACAUUUUCUAAACUGAUACAGCUAAUUUUGAGUGCUAAAUAUUUUUAAUUUUAUGGUUCUAUAUUUCAUACUUUUGUUUCUAAUUAAUUCUAUUUUUUAAUUUAUUUUGCUUUAUAAUUAUGUAUGGAAAUUGAUUAACUGGAUAGUUCAGGGAAUGAUAUCCAAACUACUUAAGUUGAUUUGAUUCUUUGUAAUUUCUCAAAAACUUAAUUUGAUUUUGUUUUGAAAAGUUAGUACAUUUAGAAUUAUAUAAUAUUAUAAAGUAGAAUGUACAGUUUAACACUAACUUCGAUUUGGAGUUUGAAAGAUUUCCGGCAAUAAAUAGUCCAAUUGGAAUUCAA